AAUGGCGCCAGGCGUAUUUCCUCCAGGAGAUCAUUCCACAGUUCGGGGGCCACCACAGAAAAGGCCCUUUUCCGCGUUGCCAUCCUCCGAGCAGGAACUCAGAGGAGGGUCUUUGAUGAUGAACGUAGUGUACGGGCAGGUUCAUAACGGGGGGAGGCGUUCCAACAGGUAUUGUGGUCCUAUGCCGUGUAAGGCUUUAUAGGUCAAAACCAGCCAUGACAAAGGAAAGGGCACUCUGUAAAUGUUCAGAAAAUCUUUCUGCUCUGUCCACGUGGCCUGCAGGCAAAAGAUUGAGAGGAGUCUCUGAACGCAGGUAAGAAAUACAAUCCCACUGCCUUUAAAAAAAAAAAAUCUCCACAAGCAGCCGCAGCUAGCUGUGUGCCUGUUGGAGCUGGUAAGGAGGGCAUGCAUUUGAUGGCUUUCCUCUGCUAUAUAUCUCCAUAGCAUCUGGUCAUCAGAGGUGGACUCAUUCUAGACAGGGAGGCUACUCUAGGCACCGAAAAGAAUACAAUAAAGGCUGAUGUCAAUGGGCAAAGUUCCAAAGUGUCGGCGCUGCCACGCAAGUGCGGAGUGAGUGUCCCGUUGGCACCUGGGACUCGCCAGCUCCACGGCCUGAAGCAGCUGAGGGGAUCCCUUCUCCCGUGGGCCACUGGCUUUUGAGACCCGAAGAUGCAGGCAGAGUCCCUCUUGCACAGCGGCUACUUCCACCCUGUGCUUCGCUCAUGGCAGACGACAGCCGCUGCCUUCAGUGCUGCCAACCUCAUCUAUCCCGUCUUCGUCACGGACAAUCCAGACGCCGUGGAGCCCAUCGCCAGCCUACCUGGUCAAGCCCGGUAUGGCAUCAACAAGCUGGAGGAGAUGUUGCGCCCCCUGGUGGCUGAUGGGCUGAAGUGCGUGCUGAUGUUUGGGGUACCAAGCAAUGCUGCCAAGGAUGAGCGUGGCUCUGCAGCUGAUGCCAAAGACACAUCAGUGAUCCAAGCCAUAAAUACGAUCCGCGCCUUCUUUCCUGAGCUGCUGGUUGCCUGUGAUGUCUGCCUGUGCCCUUACACCUCUCACGGACACUGCGGUGUCCUCCGGCAAGAUGGCACCCUCCAGAACGAAGCCAGCUGUCAGCGGCUGGCUGAGGUGGCGUUGGCCUACGCCAAGGCAGGAUGCCACAUCGUGGCCCCCUCAGAUAUGAUGGAUGGACGCAUCCAUGCGAUCAAAGAGGCCUUGAUCUCCAACGAUAUGGGAAAUAAGGUUUCGGUCAUGAGCUACAGUGCCAAGUUUGCUUCCUGCUUCUAUGGCCCGUUCAGAGAUGCAGCCCAGUCCAAACCUGCUUUUGGAGACCGGCGAUGUUACCAGCUCCCUCCGGGAUCACGGGGCUUGGCUUUGCGGGCUGUGGACCGGGAUGUACGAGAGGGGGCAGAUAUGCUUAUGGUGAAGCCAGGGAUGCCCUACCUUGACCUCGUGCGGGAGGUGAAGAGCAAACAUCCCAACCACCCGCUGGCUGUCUAUCACGUCUCGGGAGAGUUUGCCAUGUUGUGGCAUGGAGCAAAAGCCGGGGCCUUUGACCUGAAGGCGGUGGUGAUGGAGGCCAUGGCCGGGUUCAGGCGAGCGGGGGCUGAUAUCAUCAUUACAUACUACGUGCCUCAACUCCUCCAGUGGCUGAAGGACAUGCAGGCAUGAGGCAUCUCUUUUGUGCGAAUGAAGAUGCAAGAAGCAUCCUGGAAGUGUCUUGGAAUCAGUAGAAAGGACCAAGUGGAUAGCGGUGUGUGUGUGUGUGCUCUAGCAUAGCCCUGUUUUAACAGAUGCAAAUCCAGCACAAGCAUAACUCUAAAGCCCUCCCACCCCCCAAGAGAUGUUUUAACAGAAUCCUUCAACUUCUGCCUUCUCAGCCUGGACACUUUUUAAAAACAUGUUUCUUUUUUAAAUGUUGCAAACAAGGAAUAGUUAACACUCCUUGCCCUGCAGGUAUCCUUUCUGCACCAAGAAUCAGUUAAAAGUUAACCAAAGUGAUUUAUGCAUCACAAAUGGUCCUUUGGUGAGAGAUCCUGUCACCACAGAGGCCAGCUCACGCCCAAGCCUUGCUGGAACCUCUGUCCCAGUGACGCAGUCUGCCUGGGGGGGUGGGGGGAGUGAGGGGAGAAGCAGCAGGUGCAUUGUCAUGCAGUGAUGGCACAGCUGUUGGGCUUGAACGUUGUUGCUUUUUUGUCGGCUGCGUUCCAAGUUCUUUAACCUGAUGCAGGACAGGUGCAAUUCACAGGUAAAUCUUUACCUGCCUGCGACAUUUCUUUGCUGGAAAUGACACAUUUUCUACACAUCUUCAGAGCAAAAAGUAAAACAACCAGAGAGCGCUGGGCUGCGGCUUUCACCCGCUCUUCAGUGGACUAGUUAGGGAAGUGAGGAUUCCCAGCGGGCCUGCUUGUGUUUAAUACACAGGAAACAGGAGAUGGCACCAUUUCAGGGCAGAAUGUUGGCUUGCAUCUCGCUGCGUUUAACAGCACAGGAACAGGGCCUGCUGGAAGCUGCUGGCAACCCUCCUCGUUUUGACAUGUGACACUGGAAGCAAAUAAUAUAUGUGCGCUUGGAGCAGAAAUAAAGUUCCAGUUGGCUGGAAAGA